CACAUGUGUCUCGUUGUGUCUUGUGUAUUAUUUCUUUUAUUUGCAUUGAUGUAAUAAGAUAAGCAAAGAUCAUUAUAAAGUUUUUAAUAUAAAUAUCUCAUAAUUUAAAAUGAAAGUCCAAAAUAAGGCAAAAAACAUACGUUAUUUUCAAAAAGAAGAUGACGAAAAACCAAAAAAAUCCCAUUCCAGUAAUGACGUAGAAGUAUUUAAUAUAAAAGUAACACCACGUACUAUUAAAAAACAACGAUUUAAGGAAACACGUAAAAUUAAAAAUGUACUAAAACGGGGUAGUGAUGUUAAAUUUCCUGGUAAAGCACCAGUUGAUCCAAAGUCAUUAGAGCGUCAUUCUAGAGGUGAAGGGCUGCAAGGAAGAGGUGUAAGGCAUCCAUUGUAUGCUGCAAAGUUAAAAAAGAAAGAAAACAAGUACAAAUAUGCUCAAGAACAAGCUGCUCGAGCGGAAAUUCUUCUCACAGAAGAUCAAGGGUUAAUUGAAGUUGGUGAAGGUGAGAAAACGACAUCUGUAUCACAAAAAAUAAUAGCUGAGAAUGUAGACAUUGCCGCAGCUACGAAAAUAUUUGACUUGAAGCUUGAUUUUGGACCAUAUAGAGCAAAAUAUUCACGUAAUGGGAGACAUUUAUUAUUAGGAAGUAAACUUGGUCACCUUGCUGCUUUUGACUGGGUUACUAAAAAAUUACAUUGUGAAAUUAAUGUAAUGGAAAGUAUUCAUGAUAUAAGUUGGCUUCAUGUAGAAACUAUGAUAGCAGUAGCACAAAAGGAAUGGCUUUACAUUUAUGACAACACUGGAACUGAAUUGCAUUGUGUGAAAAAAAUGGAUAAAAUACUACGUAUGGAAUUUCUUCCUUACCAUUUUCUAUUAGCUGCUGUUAAUGAAUAUGGAUUUAUGACGUGGUUGGAUAUAUCCAUUGGAGAAAUAGUUGGCCACUAUAACAAUCAUAUUGGAAGAACAACUGUUAUGACUCAAAACCCUUAUAAUGCUACUCUAUGUUUGGGUAACUCUAAGGGUGUUGUUUCUCUAUGGGCUCCUAAUGUUAAAGAACCCCUGGCAAAGAUAUUAUGCCAUAAAACACCCCUUACAGCAAUUGCUGUUGACAAUAGAGGAAUGUAUAUGGCAACUUCUGGUGUGGACAGGAGUUUGAAAAUAUGGGAUAUAAGGAAUCUUGAUGGUCCAUUGCAGCAUUACAAAUUGAGAACACCUCCUGUUGAUUUAGAUUUCUCCCAAAAGGAAAUGCUUGCAGUUGGACUUGGAGAUGUUGUUGAAAUAUACAACAACUGUUGUUCACAAACCACAGUAAAACCGUACCUAAGGCAUCGUAUGGCCAAAUCGAUAAGUAACUUCAAAUUCUGCCCAUAUGAAGACGUUUUAGGAAUUGGAACAAGCGGUGGUUUUACAAGCAUAAUAGUGCCAGGAAGCGGUGAACCAAACUUCGACGCUUUGGAAAGCAAUCCCUUCCAAACUAAGAAACAAAGAAAAGAGGCAGAGGUUAAGGCUUUGCUUGAGAAAAUACCUGCGGAACUUAUUACUCUCGAUCCAUUUGAUGUCAUGCAGGUCGACGUUCCUUCCAUGAAAGAACAAAUGGAAGCUAGAAAGAAAUUAUUGCAUCUUAAACCAAAGAACGUUAAUUUUACUCCGCGGCAUAAAAAUAAAGGAAAAACAAAUAUUGCAAGAAAGAAAAUCAUAAAUAGUGCAAUGAGAAAGGAAACAAUUGACCAAGUUAUUGAAGCUCAGAAGAUAUUAGAAGAACCGGCCAAGAAAGAAACUGCACCAAAGCAAUCAUUUGGUGUUUUGGAUAGAUUUGUGACUAAAACGAAAUCGAAUAAAUAAAAUUCAUCAUA